CUGUCCACUCGUUUGCAUGUCUUGAGUGCCACUCAUUGUGCGGUUUAAGACAGUCAUCGAUAACCACAGACACAUAGAGGGAGACAAUGAGUGAUCUGAAACUAUCACCGGACGUGGUCCAGGGCUGCCUCACACACGUGGACGCCACCGAUGACCAGGUGGUGGUGUGGGCGCAGAUGGAUAUGGCGGCGGUGGUCAAGCAGGAGAUGAAGAUGUCUUUGCACUACCAGUUCAUGUUUGACAAGUACUACCGGCCGUCGAUGCACCCAACCAUCACCCAACUGGUCCCACUCACCGGCAAGUACUACAUCUUCGGCGAUAAGUCAAACCACAACUUCUAUCGCGUUUUGAUCAAACGAGUGGAUCCGAUGGCUCGCCAAUCGGUGGUCUCGUUCAUCGACUUCGGGUACGAGGAGUCGGUGCACAACAGCUGUCUUAUGGUCUACGAAGACCUCUUCGACUCGAAACCAUUGGCCGAACCAUUCGUAUUGCACGGCAUUCAACCCAAAGACCCGCAAAGAGGCUGGAAUCGCGAGAAAGUGAAGCAAUGUUUGGAUCAGUUCUGUAGUUCCGUGUUUUGGUUCACCAUCUGUGAGAUGAUGUCUCAACGAGUGGUCAAAGUGUAUGAUAACAAUCGCCACGAGAUUCUCGUGAAUACACUAAAGGAUGAGUACUUUGACGACGACCUGAUCGCUGGUGACAAUGGGUCGACACCGACGCUGAUCGCCAUCGACUACAAGAAUAGGCCGCAAACGACCAGUCAGUCGUCCAUUGAGAUGACAAUGGAUCAGACCAUCGACUCGAGGCUCGGGUCGGCGCUCAACUUCAGCCAACACUUCAGCACAUCCACAAUAUCGUUGAUCUCAGACUUCAGUCCCAAGAACUCUAAUCCCAUGGACGAGACCGUCGAGGAGACCAUUGAUGUGCCCAAAGAUAAUGUCCCCCUCUUUGUCGAUAGAGUGCAUCAAAUUGCGAAUCCAUCCAAAAGAGUGGUUAAAAUCGAUUCUCAAGACCUAAUCACUGGCCAACAACUGGAUAAUGGCAUUGACUAUGAAGUGGACGAAUGCAGUGAUAAUAGGAACCAAUUGGACCGUGAAAUCAAUGAUGAUAUCCAAGAAUUGGAGAACACAUUGAAGUCGAUUACCGGUGAAGACAGUAUUAAAGACAUGCCAUCGGAUGCCGACAACACCUAUGGAAACGAAUUGAAUGGAAAUUCUCUGAAUAAUAGUCUGAAUGAUGGCUAUAGAGGUGAUAACGAAGCCGAAGAUCCGGUGGUUAGUGCCAAACCAGUGGAUGUGACACAACAGGUGCCGAGUGGUGACACGACUGUGCAAAUGUCAGACUUAGAGGAAGUGGCGCUCGAGAAGAUGUAUUCGUUGUGUCAAACGGCUAAACAGGUGAAGAUAUCAUCGGCUGAGAACUCGACGUCUAUUUACGUUCAGUUGGAUGAGCACAACGAGACGUUGGAGGCAUUGGUGGACGAUAUGACUGACUAUUACACGAAUAUCACGGAUCUGGAGAUCAGUGGAUCCGACGUGAGAGAUGUGGUGAUGAAUAGGGGACUCUUAGCUGUGUAUAACAGUCUGGAGAGCAAAUGGAUGCGAGCCAUGGUAUGUGGAAAGCCUAAUGAGAAUCAGUUGAAUGUGUUUUACGUUGACUUCGGCGCCAAAGAGACUGUGGAGUUGGAGGCCUGUUGUCAUCUGUUGGAACACUACUCGCAUCUGAUCCCACACGCCAUCCAUUGCCGCCCUAUCAACGAGAGGGUAAGCUAUUAUGUGCUCAAGAGGUUGGAGUCCAAGGAGGAGGUCAUUGAUGUGGUGUUCGGUAAGGUUUUGGAUAAUAGUGUCAUUGAAGUCCUAUUGAAUGAUAAAUGCCUUAAAUAA